UUAGACAACACCCCCACCCCCCCCCCCCCCCCCGCCUCCACACGCGAGAAGUCGGCUGCGCUCCGCCUCCGCCGCCGGCCCUCGCUCCUCGGUUGACUAAUCAUCCAGACCUAGUCAAGAUGUCUGACAGCCAUGAGACUGAUAGGAACAUUGAGAUUUGGAAGAUUAAGAAGCUGAUCAAGGCAUUGGAGUCCGCUAGAGGCAAUGGCACAAGCAUGAUCUCUCUUAUCAUGCCUCCACGUGAUCAGAUUGCUCGAGUGGCUAAGAUGUUAGGUGAUGAAUAUGGUACUGCUUCAAACAUCAAGAGUAGAGUUAAUCGUCAAUCUGUUUUGGCUGCCAUCACCUCAGCUCAACAGAGGUUGAAGCUCUACAACAAAGUGCCUCCGAACGGAUUGGUUCUCUACACUGGAACCAUUGUUACUGAAGAUGGAAAGGAAAAGAAAGUUACUAUUGAUUUUGAGCCCUUCAAGCCUAUUAAUGUGUCGCUAUACCUUUGUGACAACAAGUUCCACACUGAGGCUCUAAAUGAGCUCUUAGAAUCUGAUGACAAGUUUGGGUUCAUUGUCAUGGAUGGUAAUGGUACUCUUUUUGGCACACUAAGUGGCAAUACCCGUGAAGUGCUUCACAAGUUCACUGUUGAUCUCCCAAAGAAGCAUGGUAGAGGAGGACAGUCUGCUUUGCGUUUUGCUCGGCUUCGGAUGGAGAAACGCCACAACUAUGUCCGCAAAACUGCUGAGCUUGCUACACAGUUUUUCAUCAAUCCAGCUACUAGUCAGCCUAAUGUUGCCGGGCUCAUUCUUGCUGGUUCUGCUGAUUUUAAGACAGAGCUGAGCCAAUCUGACAUGUUUGAUCAGCGACUUCAAGCAAAGAUACUUAAUGUGGUUGAUGUUUCUUAUGGUGGUGAAAAUGGUUUCAACCAAGCUAUUGAAUUGUCAGCUGAGAUCUUAGCAAAUGUGAAGUUCAUUCAAGAGAAGAAGCUGAUCGGCAAGUACUUUGAAGAGAUCAGUCAGGACACUGGGAAAUAUGUGUUUGGUGUUGAUGACACCCUGAAGGCACUUGAAAUGGGUGCCGUGGAGACCCUGAUAGUGUGGGAGAAUCUGGAUAUCAACAGAUAUGUGCUCAAGAACAGUGCCUCUGGUGAAGUUACUAUAAAACAUCUGAACAAAGAGCAGGAAGCUGACCAGAGCAAUUUCCGUGAUCCAACCACCAAUGCUGAGCUGGAAGUUCAGGAGAAGAUGUCUCUCUUGGAAUGGUUUGCUAAUGAAUACAAGAAGUUUGGCUGCUCGCUUGAGUUUGUCACCAACAAGUCUCAAGAGGGAUCACAGUUCUGUAGAGGAUUUGGUGGCAUUGGUGGUAUGUUGCGCUACCAGCUGGAUAUCCGCUCAUUUGAUGAGCUUUCUGAUGAUGACGGUUUGUACGAAGACUCUGAUUAGCAAUCAGCCAACCUCAUGCCUGUGCUGGCCCAUGGAAGGACGCCACAGCAGCAACAGCUCGGGUUUACUACACCUACGCAGAAACAAUUGAAAAGCAGCUAUCCAGAGCUUGAUGUGCAUGGGCCAGCACUGUCCUCUUCUGGAGGAGCUUAAGAACAAAAUGACAAGUCACAAUCAUGGCAGUAAUGUUUCAAGAAGAUGCCGAACUUAAUCAGUAUCAUGGCAGUGAUGUGUCGUGAAGUUACCUUACUCAAGUGUCUAUUUAAUUUCGGGUCAACCAUCAUGGUAGUAGUGUGUCAAGAAGUUAUCGCACUUAUCUUUCAAAAAAAAGAAGUUAUCGCACUUGAAGGCCUAUGGUGAUUUGUUGUCUUUAAAUCCUAUGUUAUAGUCGUCUGCAAGUCUGACUGUCCUAAGAUGUGAAUUCUGGUUGCUUGAAUGCUUUGUGACUCUGUUUUGCAUGCUGCUACUAAUGCAGUUUUUGCAAUGAAGGUAUUAUAUGGAGUAAUUAUAUCUGUC